AUGAAGUUCCUCAUCGUUCUCUCCGCUCUGGUGGCCAUCGCCGCCGCCGGCCAGGUCAAGUUCCACGACUGUGGAAAGGGCGAGGUGUCGAGCGUCUCCGUGGACGGCUGCUCCGGCGACUCCUGCGUCAUCUACAAGUCGAAGCCGGUGCACGUCCUCGCGGAGUUCACCGCCAACCAGGACACCGCCAAGGCGACGAUGCAGGUGACGGGCACGCUGAACGGCCUUGAAGUGCCGAUCCCCGGCGUCGAGACCGACGGCUGCAAGGUCGUGAAGUGUCCCCUGAAGAAGGGCACCAAGUACACCUUCGACUACACUUUCCACAUUCCCUCGGUGGUGCCGACCAUCAAGUCGACGCUCACCCUCAAGGCCAGCGGAGAGCACGGUCCGCUCGCCUGCGGCUCCGUCAGCGGCGAGCUGAAGCCUUAA